AUGGAUCUUACCGUUGAUGACCUCGUUACAAAAUUCCGAUAUCCGGGUGUGAGGAGAGCCGCAGAGCGGUUCGGGUUUGAGAUGCCAGAAACCCCGGACGAAGAACGCUUCGCGGUCCCAAUAUCUAGCUUGCCUAAAGAUGCCGACCAAGAGCCACUCUGCAACAGCUGCCAGGGUAUGACUAUUGAUUCUCUACAAGGAGAUAUGGGAUAUCAGCACUCGGCCGACCUGGAAGACCUGAUCCGUUCAGCUCGGGGCUGCCCCCUCUGUAGCCUCAUGGAAACACAGAUCUGCACGGCCGUGACUUUUCACGCCCAGCGUCAGGUUCGCUUCACGGAUGCCAGAGAGGCCAUGGAUGCUUUUGCUCGUAUAACGGCCCUCGAAGAACUCUUUGUGGCAAAACCGACACGUAUCAUUCUGAAAGUCGAAGACCGUAGGCCGACCGAUGGCUUUAACACCCUGGUGAUUGGAACAGUGCUUCAUUCGCUGGUUCCUGGAGUCAAGGCUUUUGCAUCCCACCUGGGUCGACUCAUACUUCACAAUGACACUCUUGACAGCCCCCAGCCACUGAGGCCGAGAGGCAGCGAUCAGGAUAUCAUGAAACGCUUGCGGGCUUGGUUAAAUAAACGCGAGCCACGGGAGCCGCACGGAGAUAAAGGGCCAAAGAGCUCACCGUUGCCAACGAGGGUGCUUGAUCUGGGAGAGCCGAGAGGGGAAUAUUUGGAAUUCUUGGAGUCAGACCUUUUACUAGUGGAAACGGCAGGACGGCAUGGGAGAUAUGCUACUCUGAGCUACAGUUGGGGCGGAUAUAGAGAUACCUGCACUUUGAAAGGCAACUACAACGAGAGACUGGAUGGUAUCCAGUUCAAACUUCUACCAGUCGUUUUCUCGCAGGCUAUCAAAAUCACCAGGUCUAUGGGUAUUCGUUAUCUCUGGAUCGACGCGCUGUGCAUCAUCCAGGACGAUACUGAAGACUGGAGGAUCGAGGCCGGGCGCAUGUCUGACGUCUACUGGAACUGUGUGUGCCGUCUGGCCAUAACAGACAGUAAAGAUCCGACAGAAGGCUUUUUCCCUCCACGGGAGUAUCCGUCCGUACGUGUGCCGCACCUGAAAGCGCCCAAACCCCUAUCGGGUAUUGAUGGCCUGCUGGGAGACAAUUACAUGACGAAGACAGAAGAGGGGCGGCUGGCCCUGCGAGAGAAGAUGAAAGAGUUUCUGUCUUUGUGGCGCCAAGGGCACUUUGGGAUACAACUAGAAUCUGGAGAACAUCUUGGAAACCGUACCGCGCUCGCCAUGCCGCAAGAAGACGUACCAGAUGACUACGGCUCGAAUGCGACUGCACUAGGCAACAUACACCGUGAUGGAAACACGCUUAAAAAGUUACCAAGCUCCCCAAAUUAUGAUACAACGAGUGACGAGUCUCCAGAGGGACGGCUUGGUGGGAGCCAGCAUGGCCAAAGCCGCGAUACCUCGGACAAAGAUGCCGCCAUGUCCAGAAUGAUUGACGAAAUCAUGACAACAGCUUGGGACUCUCUAGAGGAUGAUUAUCGAUCAUCAAUGCAGGAAACACUGGAUGAAGCGACACACCAGGCCUAUCUCACAAUUCCGCGGUCCUAUGCGGUGGAUGUCGACAGAGCGCACUUGAAUACCCGAGGUUGGGUUUUGCAAGAGCGGCUGCUGGCCCCUCGAACCAUUCACUUUACGAAGCAUCAUAUAUACUGCGAGGAUACUCAUGACAUAUGUGGCGAAGACUGGGUCUGUCGAUACUUUACCUGGAUGAGCUGCAUAUAUAAAACAACCAAACACUCACAAGUCGAUCUAUUCCCUGAGAGAAGCUCCUUCGAAGCUGAUGGAGGGCUCGAUGGCGAAAUAUGGCGGCAGGUAUUCAACAACAAUAAACCGGACGAGCAACAUGACGAUUCACCAUGGCUCACUAUUGCAGCUAAUUUCAGUAAAUGCCAACUGACAUUCGAUUCAGACAGGCUCGCUGCCAUUGCCGGGCUCGUGAACAAGAAGCAGAUGCAUCCACAGAGCCCCCAGCUCAACGGGCGCAACUUCUGCGGGCUCUGGGAGCAGACUUUGCACAUGGACCUUGCGUGGAUCUCUCGGAGAGGGGAGAGCUUGGAGUAUCUGCACAAACUUAACAUGCCUUCUUGGGCUUGGAUCUCUUACAAGGGACCGGUAUCCUUUGUCAGAGAACCGAGGGCCGCACGCAAAGCAGGGACUCCUCGACGCCUUCCAGAGCCAGAGUUCCAUCUUGUCGAAGCAGACGUGCCCAGCCUGACAGCUCCUGUGCCGUUUGCAAAGCCCGCCUCGCUAACGUUGGACGUCACUCUUCGCAAGAUGCAGAGUAUAUCGACUGCGAUAUCAAGCUACGGGACCGAACAACGAUCCAGGCAGGAAUUGGCAAAGGCGUCCCCCUUUGACUUUGACCCGAGAACAAAGACGAUACCAACCCCUCUCGCGGCUAUAACAGACUGCCAGGAGUUGUACAAUGAGAGCAAGAAACUCAUCGGGUUUGUGUCGUUUGAUGACGGCACCCACCCCGUCGGGGAUUUAUUCUGCGCCCACCUCUCGACGCUUAAGGAUGAAGCCAUGGCAGCGGCGAGACAGGAGCUUAGCAGACCUGGGGUGGAUGCAGUAGACUUGGGGGAUUACCAGAGGCCAAUAUUGGCGUAUGCUCUGGUUCUCACUAGGUUGGAGAAGGAUGUAUAUCGGAGAGUAGGACUUGCAGAAGUCAAUUACCAUUGGAUGACGAGUGGAGACAGGAGUAAUGUGAGACUCUUAUAA